AAUUCCCCACCCACCACCAUCGUCUCUCCAUUCCACACCCCCAUGGCCGGCUACCCGCCGCCCGGCUCCGGCUACCCCUACGGCCCCGCCGCAGGGGGGAGCGGAGGCUACGGCGCCCCGCCGCCGUACGGCUCCUCCCCCGGCCCCUCCGCCCCGCCCUACGGCGACAAGCCCCCCAAGGAAGGCAAGACCUCCUCCUCCUCCGCGCCGCCCUACUACGGCGCCCCGCCCUACGGCGACAAGCCCCCCAAGGAAGGCAAGACCUCCUCCUCCGCGCCGCCCUACUACGGCGCCCCGCCCUCCUCCCAGCCCUACGGCGGCGGCAGCGGAGGCUACGGCGCCCAGCAGUACGGUGCGCCCUACGGCGCCCCGCCGCCCUCGUCCGCCCCUCCCUACGGCGCGCCGCCGCACGCGCCCGCGCCCUACGGGGCCCCGCCGCCGGCGUACGGGGCCCCGGGCGGGUACGGCGGGAGCCCCUUCGCGUCGCUGGUCCCGUCCGCGUUCCCGCCCGGGACCGACCCCAACGUGGUGGCCUGCUUCCAGGCGGCGGACCGCGACGGCAGCGGGAUGAUCGACGACAAGGAGCUGCAGUCCGCGCUCUCCGGCUACAACCAGAGCUUCAGCCUCCGCACCGUCCACCUCCUCAUCUACCUAUUCACCAACACCAACGUCCGAAAGAUCGGGCACAAGGAAUUUACUUCUGUGUUUUACAGUCUUCAGAAUUGGAGAGCAAUAUUUGAAAGGUUCGAUCGUGAUCGGAGUGGUAAGAUUGACUCAUCUGAACUCCGUGAUGCUCUUCUCAGUCUGGGAUAUUCUGUCUCUCCAACUGUGCUGGACCUGCUUGUGUCUAAAUUUGACAAGACUGGGGGCAAGAGCAGAGCAAUUGAAUAUGAUAACUUCAUUGAAUGUUGUCUCACUGUUAAGGGACUGACUGAGAAGUUCAAGGAGAAGGACACGGCAUACUCGGGAUCUGCGACUUUUACUUAUGAGGCUUUCAUGCUGACCGUGCUCCCUUUCCUCAUCGCCUAGUGGCACAGUUCAGAGCAAAAGCUAAACAUACCAUGCCAGUUGUGUAAAAAAUGUUCGGAGAGUUGUUUUGGAUUUGACUAGUGUUGCUGGGGUUGCGAAUCAUAAAGUUGAUGGGUGGUUAUGUUGAACUUAGAAAAUGCUACAACUGAUAUAUAGCGUUGGAUCUCUUUCAAAAUAUAUAUCGUUCUGAUAAAUCUA